AUGACAUCUCCCAUUUUUUCAAAACAUAAUUUAUCAAGAUAUAACCCUUAUAAAGUCAACUUACUCAAAAUUGCCUUAAAAUCAUUCAUAUUAGGUGGUUUAUUCACCAUCAAUUCAUACCACCUCUUAAUAACAUCCAACACUUUUUAUUGGAAAAUUAAUAUUUUCAUAAUUUUUUUAAUAAAUUUCCAUAGUUUAGAAUUCAUAAAUACAGUAUUAUUUAAUAAUUCUGAAGUUGAUGAUGAUUCAUUUAUAUUAGAAGAUAAAGAAAUGUUUAUUGUUAAUUUAUUAUCUAUAAUAGAACAUAUAUUUCAUAAAUGGGGUUAUUUGAAUUUGGGAGAUUUUUAUACUAAUUCAAAAAUUAUUAGUGGGGUCGGAUUGAGUUUGGUGAUUAUGGGACAAUUUAUUCGAAGUUUAAGUAUGUAUACUGCAAAAUCAUCAUUUAAUCAUUAUAUUCAAAAAGAAAAGAAGGCUACAACCUCUAUUACUGGCUCUUCACUUGAACAUAUAGAUAAUACAUCCGAUAAUGAUGACCAAGACGACGAUAUGGAUGGUCAUAAAUUAAUAACUACGGGAAUAUAUCUGAUUUUCCGUCAUCCAUCAUAUUUUGGGUUUUUCAUUUGGUUUUUAGGAUUACAAAUUUUUAUGAAUAAUUUAAUUAUAUUAAUUAUUGGUGGGAUUAUAUUAUGGAAAUUUUUUAAUGAAAGAAUUCAAUUUGAAGAAAUUUAUUUAAUUAAAUUUUUUGGUAUUGAUUAUAUAAAUUAUCGUAAUAAAACUAAAACUUGGAUGAUGAUAUAA